CUUCUUAGACUUUUUUCUUCUUUUCUUUCACAAACGACCACGCAGAUCCUUGACAAAAGAUCGACAGCCUGCCAGCAAGCAAUACGCUCUCUCGAUGGCGCUGACGACCGGAUCGGUGUGUCGAGAUUAACUCCUCUAAAUUGCCCUUGUUUAAAACCAUCAUCACGAGGGCCCCAUUUGCGCGGCCACCAUGAGCCGAUGAUGACCUGACACAAGAUCCGGACAUUUCUUCCAGUCGCAAUGUUUGCUCGCAGAUGUAUCGACUGCUCUGUUAGCACACAUGCGCCUGCACACGCGUCUGCCGAACACCCGUCGCAAAAUCGGAUUGUAGCAUGUCUUAGCGUGGCCCGACGGCGCGCCGUGUAUCUUAUGGUCGAUACAGAAAACAUGCUCAACAGUGACCCAUGUGUUUGUCCUAGGUGAACGCCUUGCUCUGUCUGCCGUAUGGCUACAGCCCUUCGAGGUAAGCGGCCACCUCCCUAACCCCAGUUCCAUCUACUCUGUCGGCCAGGAUCACGGACCUGUAGUGAUGACAUUAUUCUGGUAAACCGACGCAGCCGAGCUUGUGGGCGGUCGGGCUUCCCGGCAAGCCCAUAAGCUAUAGGUCGCGCUUGAGGAUGCUCAAAAGGCUAUUCAUUAUUUGUCUGAACAGGACCCGUGUAUGAAAAUCGGGCCAUCUCAUGCUAUGUAGCUCACAGGCUGACUUUAUUCCUUCAGGGCCCAUUCCGGGAUAUCGGGCUCGCAGACGUCAGUCUUUUGGUGCCAGGUGCUGAGCUGGGUGCUUCAUGCAUAUCCCUCUGAAGGAAUUAUGGGUAACAUCUACGCGUGUAUAUCUGUAAAUGAUUGAUGCGGGUGGGACAUGAGAUCCAAGUGUGACGGAGCAGUUGCAUUUCGUGAGCCAGGGCUUGCUAUGGGUGAAUGCAACCACCUGAGCCACUGAUGUGGUGCUACCUAUGCGGUAAUCGUGUGGGCGGGUAGCGCUAGGGGAUGGCAACCUAGGCAAGUGCCGACCGACGUCAGGGCGGGCGGGAUCGGCCUUGGGCCUGCACUUGCCCCCUCAGCGGGCAGAACUUUUUAUACCUCAUGUGCAUUCUCGUACACUGGCGGGAAACUCUAGACGUGGCCAUUUGAUCAUCCGGGACGAUUCAUUCUCUUCGACGCAAUCUUAUUAUUUUUCUUUCUACCUUGCUCUCCAGCUAUCCAACUAUCCAACUUACUUAGACCAUCCAGCACCGUCUCUAUUGUUCUUAUUUUCCGUGAAAAUCCGUUGAUACCCAAACCGUCUCGUCGAGGCCCAUCGCUAGCUUACCCCGCCUUCCCAUUUCCAUUACGGCCUCGUGACUCGGAUAUACACUGCUCAGCUCCCUUCCUCUCCAGAAGACACAGCUGCAAGCAUCCACUUAUCCAACUGCCGAUCGAAUUCGCGACCCGCAGGGGCAUGCCCAAGAUAGUUAUUUAACUGAUGAGGACGUUCAUUUCUCACUACCCAAGCGCUUUGCCUUAUCUUUCACCAUCUUUCUUUCCCUUCUCCUUACCACUUCUUGCUCGGCCUGCCCCCUACCAGCCGUGAGGCCUGAGCAGCAGCCAUGGACAAGAUAACGGACAAGAUAGCGGCGCUGCCCGCCGAUGCCACCUACUUCUCGCUCGAGUUUUUCCCACCCAAGACGGCCAUGGGCUUUUCUAACCUACGAGACCGACUCGACCGCAUGGCUCGGGCUCUCCGGCCCCUUUUUGUCAACGUGACCUGGGGUGCUGGCGGUUCCACUUCGCAGAAGUCGCUCGAGCUGGCAGAGAUAUGCCAGCGCGAGCUAGCUCUAACCACUUGCCUACACCUCACCUGUACCAACAUGAGCCGCAAACUGCUGGAUAAGGCCCUGGAUGAUGCGCGCGCCCUUGGAAUCCGCAACAUCCUCGCCCUGAGGGGUGACCCUCCAAGACCUGGCGAGUACGGCGAGCCCGAAGACUCCGAGCCUGCCGACACCGCUUUCACCUGGGCUGCCGAUCUUGUCCGCUACAUAAAGCAGAGACACGGGGACUACUUCUGUAUAGGUGUGGCCGCCUAUCCAGAGGGCCAUGCCGACGAGAGCCACCCUACCAACCAGAGCCUGGAGCAUGACCUCCCAUACUUGAUCGAGAAGACCCAGGCCGGUGCGGAUUUCAUCAUGACGCAACUGUUCUUUGACAUAGACGCCUACGACAAAUUCGAGAGGACACUAAGAGAGCACCCCAGCGGAGCCUUUGCCACAAUCCCUAUCAUCCCCGGCCUGAUGCCCAUCCAGAACUAUCAGAUGAUCAAGCGAACGACCAAGCUCAGCCACGCCGGGAUUCCAGACUCUCUUAUGGUCAGGCUGGACGCCGUAAAGAAAGAUGACGAACAGGUUAAGAAGGUCGGCGUAGACAUCGUCAGUGAACUGGUGGAGAAGGUCAAGGAGGUCAAGAGCAGAACACCGGGCCCGCAGGGCUUCCAUUUUUACACUCUGAACCUGGAGAAGGCCGUCUCCUUCAUUGUAGAACGCACCCAUCUGAUCCCAUCCAGCGACCCCGGUGAGGACGAGGCAGUGUUUGCGGAUGAGGCGGCGAUCGUGGCGGACGAUGCCUCGGCUGCGCCAUCGUCGCUGCUGGGCGUGCCGGCGAUCCACGUCAACGGCGCCACGCCGAGCCACUCGAUACAGGGCGUCCACUCCUUGUCAUCAAGGAGACAGUCUUCCAUCGGCUCAGACCCCCGAAACCGCGUCAUCGUCAGCGGCCGCCCAGCUUCACACCCGGACUACGAGGCAACGGCCCUCGAGGCUAGCGUGCCGGCCGAGCCCAUCAACAGCCGCGCGAACACCCUCGCCAUCUCCGAGGGAGAGGGCGUGCUCGGCCGCGAGGCGACGUGGGACGACUUUCCCAACGGCCGCUGGGGAGACGCGCGCUCGCCCGCCUACGGCGAGAUCGACGGCUACGGCGUCAGCCUGCACAUGUCGGGCACCCAGGCCGUCGAGCUCUGGGGCCGCCCGGCCUCGGUGCGCGACGUCAGCGCCCUAUUCAUGCGCCACCUGAGCGGCGAGCUCAGGGCCAUCCCCUGGAGCGAGGAGGAGUUCAACCCGGAGACAGACACGAUCCGCCCCCCGCUCCUGGCCCUCAACGAGCGCGGCUGGUGGACCGUCGCCAGCCAGCCGGCCGUCAACGGCCUCAAGUCAGACAACCCUACCUUUGGCUGGGGCCCCACGCAUGGCUUCGUGUUCCAAAAGGCCUUUGUCGAGCUCUUCAUCCCGAGCGCCGACUGGGUGGUCCUGCGCGAGAGGCUGUCGCAACCCGGGACCAGUGACUCGGUCUGCUUCUACGCCAGCAACGCGGCCGGCGACUUCGUCUCGUCGGACAGCACCGGCGGGCUCCACGGCCAGGCCAAGGCGGCGGGCACCAACGCCGUCACCUGGGGCGUCUUCCCAGGCAAGGAGAUCGUGACGCCGACCAUCAUCGAGGAGGUCAGCUUCCGGGCCUGGAGCGAGGAGGCCUUUGGCAUCUGGGCCGAGUGGGCAAAGGUCUAUGGUAAAGGCUCGCCCAGCGAGACGCUGCUCGAGUCGCUCCGUGCCGACCUGUGGCUCGUCAACAUCAUCCACCACGACUAUGUCGAGCCCGAUGCGCUGUGGGAUCUGCUGAUAAAGCGAGAGUGACUUUGAGCCAGGAGACGGACCCUGUUUUUUCUUGAGUCUCGGGAGGAAAAUUGAGGAUGGUUCAUGCGGUUCUUACUCAGCGCAUAUGCCAGGGAAGUUUCGGGCGUGAAACCUGGGAGAGAAGAAUUGGGCGUAAAUUAGGGUUCCUUACCUUUCACUUUUAGAGGUUGACUUUUCCAAGGCCUGUGUGGGGAUAAGGUCUUUUGGAGCACAACCUUUUCCCACAACGAAAACGUCCCUUUCCAAGAAGAUCCCUGUAUUCAUAUUGAGAUGUGAUCCACUCAGUGCGUGACCAGCUUACCGUGUAUCGAUGCCGCUCACUGAUCCCAACGACAAGAGUCAUCUCCCGUGGGUUUCUUAUAGACUGCCAUCUCAGAGUUGAACACCACAUGCAUGUUCCAGACAUGAAAAGUGCACCUGGUUUAUUGAAUAUAGAACUUUUGCUGGUC